AUGGACGUCGUGCUCGAAGUCCUCGACACUUUCCUCUUCGACCGCCUCUACGCGAAUCUCCUGCCCAUCCAUCCCUCCGUCAGCUCCUUCGACCCCAUUUCGACCAUUGCAGCCGGACUGAAAUACGCAAACACCAAUGCCACGUCCUUUGCUGACGCGACUGGCCAAGGGGAGGCCGUGAGGUCGGCAUGGCAAUUCGAACCUGCGAGUUCGUAUUUCAGCGUCCAGCCGAGCGAGUAUGCGUAUAUGAGUCGGUGGGACCGGGAUAAUGUUUGGAGGCAGCUUGUCAGUCUGUACACUGUCACUUGGUGAGUGAGAAGACAAUCGAUGGGCGAAGAAGGGGUGGGAUGGGUUGGGCUAAUGUAGAGUGGAACAGGAUCUUUGGAUUGGUAAUUUACUUCACCUGCGCGACGCUGAGUUAUAUCUUCGUCUUCGACAAGACGACCUUUCAACACCCGAAAUACCUCAAAAACCAGAUCAGGAUGGAGAUUCGGCAGACCCUGGAAUCAAUCCCGAUCAUGGCCAUCUUCACCGUUCCCUUCUUCGUCGCCGAGGUGAGAGGAUACUCGUUCAUCUACGACAGCACAACCAACCCAGGAUUCAAACACCCUUUCCUGGAGCUGUUUGGAGGCUGGUACAACUGGAUUCAGUUCCCCCUGUUUUUGAUGUUUACCGACUUCUGCAUCUACUGGAUCCACCGUGCUUUGCACAGCAAGCUGCUCUACAAGCGCCUGCACAAACCACACCACAAGUGGAUCAUGCCGACUCCUUAUGCCUCGCACGCUUUCCACCCUCUCGACGGCUACUCGCAGAGUGUACCCUACCAUCUCUUCCCCUUCAUCUUCCCGCUGCAGAAAUUCGCAUACAUUGCGCUCUUCACUUUCAUCCAGAUCUGGACCGUCAUGAUCCACGAUGGGGAGUACGUCGCCAACAGCCCCGUUAUCAAUGGCGCGGCAUGUCAUACCAUGCACCACCUGUACUUCAACUACAACUACGGCCAAUUCACUACACUGUGGGACAGAUUGGGAGGCAGCUACCGCAAGCCGAACAUGGAGCUCUUCUACAAGGAGACGAAGAUGAGCCAGGAAGAGUGGGCAAGGCAGAAGGCAGAGAUGGAAACGAUGGUGAAGGAAGUUGAGGGGACAGACGAUCGGUCUUAUGGGCCGUUGGAGAGUAUGGCUAAGAAGGUGCAAUAG